AUGUUCACGUGCACUGAAGAGCAACGUAAAGACGCUGUCGACUACAGACCGCACGCCAGGAACCAGCAUGCGCGGAAACGGCUCAGUCGUCUGGAGACCCUUGUCACGGGACUUUUCAAGGCUCAAGAGUCUCACCAUGACCCUACUCGCCGUACCUCCGUCGAUACUGAGCUUCGUAGUGCUUUCGAGGCCAACGUCACCAAAUCAACUCUGGCGAACAGUAUUGGCAAGCUCGAGCUGACUGACAAUGGCGCCGCGUACACUGGAAGCUCGCAUUGGACAACAAUACUUGAAGAAAUACAGGAUAUCAAGUCCGAGCUAUCGGAGGAGUAUCCUAGCGAAAUCUCAACACCAGCCAGUUCCGUCCAGGACGCGGAAUAUACUCAAACGUUCGAAAGAGUCUCGCUUCUCAACAGUGCACCAUAUCUAGCGCGAGAGGACAUUCUAAGUUUCAUACCAGCUCGCAAGGUUGCUGAUAGACUUGUGUCGCAUUUCUUUAAUGUCUUUGACCUGGGCCCUUUCCUCAUACACCGAGGCACAUUCUUUGAAGAGUAUACUCGCUUCUGGAUCGCACCAUCAAACACACCUGUCAUGUGGCUUGGACUCUUGUUCAGCAUGAUGGGUACUUCACUCCUCAUGCAAAGACGGGGAGGCUUUCGCGAAAGCACGUCAGAACUAGAUCCGUAUGAGAUGCUGGACUCUUAUAGGGCCAUGACUGCGCACUGUCUUUCUGCGUCGGAAUACCUGAAGCCCAGCAAAUAUACCGUCGAAACUCUGAUACUUCACUUUGCACUGGAUCAUAACAACAGUCCAGACGCAUCCACCGAGAAUUGGAUGCUCCUAGGCGUUAUUGUUCGCGUCGCAAUGAGGGCAGGAUUGCAUCGUGAUCCAUCAAACUGGCCAAACAUCAAGCCACUUCAAGCCGAGCUCCGACGUCGCCUGUGGAUAAUGCUGUACCAUAUGGACUUUUUCACGAGUACUCAAACUGGCCUGCCGCGGAUCAUCAAGGACUCGCAGUGUGAUGUGCGUCUUCCACGGCACCUUCUCGAAUCUGAUCUCAACUUCCAAAUACAUGACCUACCACCUGAACGCAGAUGUAACGAGCGCACGAGUCUACUUGGGCUCAUCGAAAGACACGAGAUCAUCGCGGUAGGCGCUGCAAUCUAUGAUGCUGUUGAGUCUGGCUCAGCUUCGCCAGCUACCGAGCAUGAAUUGCUAUUAAAGCUACAGACUACAAUCAGUAGUCUCUCCGAUGAGGCAAGGUUCCACUCUUUCGAGACUUCCAUAGCACAGGAUCCGAUGUCACUGCUAAACCAGAUUUGUCUUGAUACACUGAUACAGAAGGACUUCUACUUGCUUCAUCGCCGGAGUUUCAAAGCAGAAUUCACAGGACAAUCAGCUGCGAACAAGCAGUGUAUCGACGCUGCGCUGACAAUCCUUGGCCAUCAAAGACGGCUGGACGAGGAGACUGCACCUGGUGGCAUAUUCUAUAGCAUACGGUGGAAAGUGGUCUCCCUGCUGAACCAAGAAUUUCUACAAGCUACGAUGUUGCUCUGUCUAGCUUUGCAACGUGCUGCAAAACUUCAACAGAGUUCACUGUAUCGAAAGAACGAGAUUGUACAAGCACUGGUGCUCGCCAAACCAUUAUUUGCGAAGAAGUCCGACCGCUGGACUGAGGCACGAAAAGCUGUGGACGCCAUUAAUGCAGUGACACUGACCGAGCAGCCUCAUACCACAGAGACUGCAAACGGUGAGACUUCUCAGUGCUGGUCAAACUGGGAGUCCUGGAUGGACGAUUCGAUGCAGGCUCCCAGCCUUGAAGCUUUAGACUUUGGCCGUGAUGUGACACUGGACAUCUACCUUCUUGGUGAUGACGAGAACUGGGCUAUGAAUGCAGCAUAG